AUGGCCGAUGGUGUACUCAGGAGGCCAAAGACUAAGAUAGUUUGCACGUUGGGACCUGCUUCAAGGUCGGUGGAGAUGAUAGAGAAGCUGCUAAAGGCUGGCAUGAACGUUGCUCGAUUCAACUUUUCUCAUGGAUCUCAUGAGUAUCAUCAAGAAACUCUGGAUAAUCUCAGAACCGCCAUGAACAAUACUGGAAUUCUCUGUGCCGUCAUGUUGGACACUAAGGGACCAGAGAUUCGAACUGGAUUCUUGAAGGAUGGAAAGCCUGUACAACUGGAGCAAGGCAGAGAAAUUACAAUCUCAACAGAUUACUCUAUUAAGGGAGAUGAGAAUACAAUCUGCAUGAGUUACAAAAAGUUGGCUGAAGAUUUGAAGCCAGGGAAUGUCAUUCUGUGUUCUGAUGGCACAAUUACGUUUACAGUCUUGGGUUGUGACGAGGAAUCCGGUUUGGUUCGUUGUCGCUGUGAAAACUCUGCACUUCUUGGUGAGAGGAAGAAUGUCAAUCUCCCUGGCGUCAUUGUUGAUCUUCCAACAUUGACAGAUAAGGAUAAAGAGGACAUCCUGCAAUGGGGUAUCCCCAACAAGAUUGACAUUAUUGCACUGUCAUUUGUUCGCAAAGGUUCGGAUCUUCUGGAGGCCAGAAAGCUGCUUGGAGAGCACGGAAAAAAUAUACUUCUCAUGUCAAAGGUUGAAAAUCAAGAAGGGGUGGCCAAUUUUGAUGAAAUUCUAGAAAAUUCAGAUGCUUUUAUGGUAGCACGCGGUGACCUGGGGAUGGAGAUCCCAACUGAAAAGAUUUUCCUUGCUCAAAAAUUGAUGAUCAGUAGGGCAAACAUAGCCGGGAAGCCUGUGGUAACUGCAACUCAGAUGUUGGAGUCGAUGAUCAAGUGUCCAAGGCCUACUCGAGCUGAAUCCACAGACGUUGCCAAUGCUGUCCUUGAUGGAACUGACUGUGUGAUGCUAAGUGGUGAAACUGCUGCCGGAGCCUACCCUGAACUUGCUGUCCAAACCAUGGCUAGAAUCUGCAUGGAGGCAGAGAACUUGAUAAAUGACAGAGAUCUUUUUGAUCAAUUAAUGGAAACUGCACCAACACCAAUGAGCCCAUUAGAGAGUUUAGCCUCAUCUGUUGUGAGCCAAGCAAAUUGUAGUGGAGCAGCUCUGAUUUUAGUGCUAACAAAAGGCAGUCACACGGCCAGGCUGGUGGCAAAGUACAGACCAAGAGUUCCAAUUCUUUCUGUGAUCAUUCCACACAUAACCACAGCUACUUUUGACUGGAUAUGCAGCGAUGAAGCUCCAGCAAGACAUUGCCUUAUCUUCCGGGGCUUAGUACCAGUUUUGAGCUCUGGGUCUAUAGGAACUACUCUUUAUGAUUCAACAGAAGAAGCCAUUAAAUGUGGCCUUGAACAAGCAAAGGAAAAGGGACUUUGCAAGACAGGCGACGAAGUUCUGUUGUUGUACCGUAUCAACAGUGAAUCUGUGAUCAAGACAAUAUUGGUCAACUAA